AUGGCGGCGGCGAAUCUGGGCGCCUGGCUCUGCGCGCUGGUAGUGGUGGCACUGGCCGUCCUCCCGGCGGCGGACGCGCUGGGGAUGAACUGGGGCACGCAGGCCACGCACCCGCUCUCGCCCAGGAUCGUCGUGCAGUUGCUCAGGGACAACGGCAUCAAGAAGGUGAAACUGUUCGACGCCGACCAGGGCACCCUCAACGCGCUCGCCGGCACCGACAUCGAGGUCAUGGUCGCCAUCCCCAACAACCUGCUCGACAUCAUGAACGACAAGGACAACGCCAGGGACUGGGUGCGCCACAACGUCUCCCGCUACCACUUCGACGGCGGCGUCAACAUCAAGUAUGUGGCCGUAGGCAAUGAACCCUUCCUGGCGUCCUACAACGGCACCUUCGACAAGGUCACCUUCCCGGCGCUGCAGAACAUCCAGAACGCGCUCAACGACGCCGGAUUCAGCGAGAUCAAGGCCACCGUGCCGCUCAACGCCGACGUCUACAACUCGCCCGCCAACAACCAGGUGCCGUCGGCGGGCCGCUUCCGGACGGACGUCGCCCCGCUCAUGACGCAGAUGGUGCAGUUCCUGGCCAACAACAGCGCCCCCUUCACCGUCAACAUCUACCCCUACCUCAGCCUCUACCUCAGCGAGGACUUCCCCGUCGACUUCGCCUUCUUCGACGGCCUCGCCAAGCCGCUGGUCGACGGCGUCAACACCUACACCAACGUGUUCGACGCCAACUUCGACACGCUGGUGUCCGCGCUCGCCGCCGUCGGCCACGGCGACCUGCCCAUCGUCAUCGGCGAGGUCGGCUGGCCGACGGACGGCGACAAGCACGCCACCAACGCCCUCGCCAAGCGCUUCUACGACGGCCUGCUGCCGCGGCUGGCGGCCAACACCGGCACGCCGCUCCGGCCCAAACAGUACAUGGAGGUGUACCUGUUCGGGCUCCUGGACGAGGACGUCAAGAGCGUGGCGCCGGGCGCGUUCGAGCGGCACUGGGGCGUGCUCCGCUUCGACGGCCAGCCCAAGUUCCCCAUGGACCUCACCGGCAACGGGCAGAACACCAUGCUGGUGCCGGCCAAGGGCGUGCAGUACCUGCCCAGGACGUGGUGCGUGUACAACCCCAACGCCGAGGACAAGAGCAAGCUGGUGGAGAACGUGAACUACGCCUGCACCUUCGCCGACUGCACGGCGCUCGGCCUCGGCUCCACCUGCUACGGCAUGGACGCCAAUGGCAACGCCUCCUACGCCUUCAACAUGUACUUCCAGGUGCAGAACCAGAAGGACGAGGCGUGCGACUUCCAGGCGCUCGCCGUGCCCACGCAGACCGACCCCUCCACCGCCGCCUGCAACUUCCCCAUACAGAUCGCCGCCUCCUCGACGUCGAGUGGCCACCGGCGAGCACGCGCCGGGCCGCUCGGCGCCGCCGCUCUGCUCGUUCUCCUGGCUCUGGUCCAGCUCUUGGUGUCGCAUUAG